AACUACAGUGAACUUCAAAAGAAGACCAAGCUGCUGGCCUUGCUUCCGGACUCAUGGUCCUCGCUCAUCAUCAACCUAAAUCGAGAUCUGCCCCACCUCUCGCUCGAAGAUGUGAAGCGGGAAAUCUUACAAGAAGAUUUCCGUCGUCGCGAAUUUGCAGGUCUCGAUGCUCCAGAAGGAGUUGUGGAAGGCUUUGAGGAGUCAGCUACUGUGGGAAAGGUCACCCUUCACUCUCUGUACUUUUAGGUGAUCGAUAGCGGCGCCACCUAUAGCAUGACACCUCAUGCGGACUUGCUCACCGAACUCGAACCGUCGCCGGUCAAGCAUGUUACAUCGGCUUUGGGGCAGCGAGCAGAUGUGAAAGGCAUGGGCAAGGCCAUGUUCAAGGGUGCUGAUGGGAAGAUGGUGGGCCUCAAGAACGUGCUUUGGGUGCCCAACCUAGCAGCCAACCUGAUUUCCAUGCGGCGUUUGCAAAAGGCCGGCAUGGACACAUCUUCCAAGAGAUCCAAAACAUAUACCGCGAGGCUUGGUGAGCGGAAGCUUUGGGACCUUCAUGAGGAUAGGGACAUCUACAAUGAGAUGUGGCAAAUCCCAGUGGUCCCCAUGCCUAAGGAGAGGCAAGUGGCAGCAAGCGUCAGCACCAAGAGUGAAGUUGUUGGUGGCGGUGAUCACGGAAAGCAAAGUGACACCAAGAGUGACUCGAAGGAGUGCAAUCUUGGAGAGGCCAGCAAGGCGUGUGAACCCAAGGAGAGUGGUGCAGCAGCCAAAGGUGGUGGAAAUGAGGAGGAAAAGCCUAAGAUCAUCAAAGCAACAGUGGCGAAGGAGAAAGGAGAGAGCUUGUGGGGCAGAAUUGCGAGUGCUGUUUUCUCCAACCCGACUCCCGCUAUGGGAGAGUGUGAUUGGCUGACCUUGCAUCGGCGAAUGGGGCAUGUGGCGUUGCCCAUUUUGCAGCAGAUAGUUAAGUAAGAGAUGGUCAGUAGGAUACGUGUCAAGGGGGAGCCCAAUGAGGUGCUUGGCUGUCCAACAUGCAUGCAAGCCAAGUUCACCCGCUACCCGUUCCAUAGCUCGGAGACAACGGCGA